CGGGAGAACAAAACACGCGUGCGCGUGGCGCUCGCCGUUCCAGGCGCUCGCGCCUAGCGCACUCCGCCUUUUUCUGGAGCAGCCGGUCACGGUGCUCAUCCGACAGCAGCAGUUCCGCCUUGGGGCACCGAGGGCGCAAAAAAAAAAAAAAAAAAAAAGGGGGGGUGACGGCUCUUUAGGAGUGGGUCGUCGGAUCGGACGCCAGAGACAAAAGCGCGUUCAAGGCAAGAGGGACUGUGGUCCUGCAACGGCGCUGGUCGGGAUUCCCAGCCCCAGGGACCUUUCCGCCCCUGCGUUUUUCGCAUCUGAUUCUUCGGUCCCGAGCCCGGCAUUCCCCCACCCCUCCCCUGCGCGACCUCGUUCCUCACCAGGAGGGCCACGAUGGAGGUCCCGCCCCGGCUUUCCCAAGCGCCGCCGCCAUUGUUCCCCUCCGCUCCCGCUCCCGCAGCCUCCCGCAGCCUCUCCCAUUGGCGGCCGCGGGCGCCCCGGCAGCUGGCCCCGCUCCUCCCUUCGCUCGCUUCCAGUUCCGCCCGGCAGGGGGCGCGGCGGAUCCCGCGCCACGUCACCGCCCAGCCGCCCUCCCGAUUGGCGGGCGGGGCGGCUAUAAAGGGAGGGCGCAGGCGGCGCCCGGAUCUCUUCCGCCGCCAUUUUAAAUCUAGCUCCAUACAACGCUCCGCCGCCGCCACCCGGACUACGCGCCAGCACCCUUCGACCGACCAUCCCGCCACCAUGGAGGACAUGAACGAGUAUAGCAACAUAGAGGAAUUCGCAGAGGGAUCCAAAAUCAACGCGAGCAAGAAUCAGCAGGAUGACGGUAAAAUGUUUAUUGGAGGCUUGAGCUGGGAUACGAGCAAGAAAGAUCUGACAGAGUAUUUGUCUCGAUUUGGGGAAGUUGUAGACUGCACAAUUAAAACAGAUCCAGUCACUGGAAGAUCAAGAGGAUUUGGAUUUGUACUUUUCAAAGAUGCUGCUAGUGUUGAUAAGGUUUUGGAACUGAAAGAACACAAACUGGAUGGCAAAUUGAUAGAUCCUAAAAGGGCCAAAGCUUUAAAAGGCAAAGAACCCCCUAAAAAGGUUUUUGUAGGUGGACUGAGCCCAGAUACUUCUGAAGAACAAAUUAAAGAAUAUUUUGGAGCUUUUGGAGAGAUCGAAAAUAUUGAACUUCCCAUGGAUACAAAAACAAAUGAGAGAAGAGGGUUUUGUUUUAUCACAUAUACAGAUGAGGAGCCAGUAAAGAAGUUGUUAGAAAGCAGAUACCAUCAAAUUGGUUCUGGGAAGUGUGAGAUCAAAGUUGCACAACCCAAAGAGGUGUAUAGGCAGCAACAGCAACAACAGAAAGGAGGAAGAGGUGCUGCAGCUGGAGGAAGAGGUGGUACUAGGGGUCGUGGCCGAGGUCAGGGCCAAAACUGGAACCAAGGAUUUAAUAACUAUUAUGAUCAAGGAUAUGGAAAUUACAAUAGUGCCUAUGGUGGUGAUCAAAACUAUAGUGGCUAUGGCGGAUAUGAUUAUACUGGGUAUAACUAUGGGAACUAUGGAUAUGGACAGGGAUAUGCAGACUACAGUGGUCAACAGAGCACUUACGGCAAGGCAUCCCGAGGAGGUGGCAAUCACCAAAAUAAUUACCAGCCAUACUAAAGGAGAACAUUAGAGAAAGCAGCGGGAACUUCAUUGCAGGCCGUGUGUCACCCUGACCACGUCUAUCUCUGGGGGUCGCACGUUGCGGGCAGAGCGCAAGGCAUACACCAGAAAACGCUGUCCUGUGGUAUGGUCUCUUCCAACUUCAUGUACCAGCGUAAAGAUUAAAGUGGAAAACUUCAGACUUUGGCUUCUUUUUUUAAAAAAAUCUUUUUGGAGAUUUAAGUGUCAUAAACUUAACUUAAAUGGUUUUUUACAGGAGUUAAAGUACAUAAAUGCCUUUUUACAGCUUAAUCAUUUUGGUCUUCUGUUUAGUGUUGUAUUUCAAUUGUGGAGCCUCAUUUUAAGUGUUCAUUCUUUAAGAUUUAAUGCUUGCUUUUUCUUUUUAUAGCUAAUAGUGAAAUCUACAAAACAAGAACUUUUAAAUCUGGGAUGUAAAUUAAAGAUCAUAUGCAAAAAAAUCAUUUUUGUAAUAAAGCAAACCUGUCAGAAAUUCAUGAUUGUUAAAGCAUUGGAUUUACUUGGCUUACUAGAGAUGUUUCUAGUAGGCCUUUAUCUGUUCAACCUGUGAAUAUGGGACAGUAUCAUUCCCAGGUUCUUUUCUGAAUAGAUUUGAAUUUGACAUCAUUUGGGAACUCCUAGUGAGUUUCUCAGCCUUCCAAAAUGCAUUUUGCUAAUAAAUAUGCAUGUGAUCUUUAAUUAUUGAAGAAAACUUAUAAAGUGAGGACUUAAAACAAUUCAUGAAAAUGGACCUUUGAAAGCUUGUCAAAAUUGCACAAAUCUAAUUGUUACUUUGUUUUUAUUUUUAGGAGAUGCUAAAGAAACCCAUCUUACAGGACUACAUUGAAGAUUUGGUCUUCUGUUGAUCUGAUUAUUUUGUAAAGACUUUCUAGUGUAUAAGACACAAUUGUGUCCAACUGUAUAUAGCUGCCAGUUAGUUUUCUUUGUUUUUACUUUGUCCUUUGUUAUGUGUUAUGACUCAAUGUGGAUUUGUUUAUACAAACUUUUAUUUGUACAAUUUCAUGUUAAACCUCAAAUAAAUGCUUCCUUAUGUGAU